CGCAACCACACGCCAAGCAUGACGCGGACACGCCGCAGUGUAUACCAUCGAACAAAUGGACAUUGGAAGGAGUUCAGCAAUUGAUUGGGUUGACGUCCAUUGGUUGACGUUCGACUGAUGUCCGGCGAUUCGGUCCUUUCAAGGCCAUCAAACGCGGCCAACACGCACGAAGGCAGCAUUUGAGCACAGCGAAGGCCGCCUGUGUGAUCUCCUUGCUGCGCUACCGCUCCGUGUGCCCCACCGUGACCCUGCUGACCUCCCCCCUGUACUCAGCUUUCCUGCCAGAUCAGCUGAUCAAGAUCCGAGAAAUCGUUAUGAAGAGGCUUGCUGAGGCGCUGCUUCUGCUCUGGGUGUGCCUGCUGCACUGCCGGCCAGCUUGCGGCCAAUCGCCGACUUACAUCUUUCGACGGCGGAGGGAUCCCUCCAACCUCCCCGCCGCCUUGUCGUUCAGGCAAGCUUCAUCCCCCCCUCUCCAGGCCGCCAACAACGUGACAGUGGGCAUUCUGAUCAACCUCAGCGGCAACCAGGACAAGUGCGGCCUGCAGCGGUUUCUCGCCGUCCUCGCGGCCAUCCUGCACGGCCACCACCGCCACGCCACCUACUGCCCGUCCAUCAAGCAGCUGUCUUCUUCAGCCUCUCUGGUGCCCCACGUCAAUUGGGAGGCGAGGGACACAGAGGGCCGCCCAUCUGUGUCUGGGAUAGAGUCGUACAGGUGGAUGGAGGACCGCAGCAAGUGGCAGGGGAGGCUCGUGGGAGUGCUGGGGCCCACCACCAGCGGGUCUAGCCGGGUGGUGGGGCAGGUGCUGGAGAUUGAGGGGAUACCGCACCUGCCCUGGGUGGCAUCCGACACCGAUGUCGCUGACAAGAAAAUAUACCCGUUCACAUUCCGAACGGUCAGCUUGCAGCCACAGCCACACACAGAAACACACAAUCAUCCAUUGCUCAUAUUCUUGUGUGUAUGGCACGUCAGGUAGCGUCGAAUGCCCUGAUCGCCCAGGCCGCUGCAUCUUUGAUCGGCUCCUUUGGCUGGUCUGAGUUCAUUGCUGUGAGCACACCGGCCGACUCGACGUCCCAGGACAUCUUCAGCGACCUUAACUUCCAAGUGACUGGUGUGGUCGGGCCAAGCCUGCCAUCGGGCGACGACGGCAGCAAAGUGAAGGUGCGACACAUCGAGCUAGAGCUUGAGGGACAGAUUGCGCCUGGGGGGGAGAACAAUGACGCAGCAACGCUUUCCGCCAUCCGGAGGACCGUGGGGAAGAUUCGUGCUUCCCCUGAGCGAGUCGUCGUCCUGUGUGUGAUGUCAUCGAUCGCCAUCAAGGUCAGCGACGCAGCGAAGGGCGUGUGUGUUGCCCCAUACCCAUGUUUGCAUGUGUUGCCUUCUGUGCCUGUGGCAGAUUAUCCGUGAGGCGGAUGAGCAGGGCAUCGGCGGCCAGGGGUGGGUGUGGAUCGUCACAGACGACAUCACUGUGCCGACCAACAAAACAGCCAAUGCCACCAUCACCUCCCCUCCACCCACCACCAGCCCCCCGCCCCUCAUGCACCUCUCUUCUACCGCCGCUCCACAGCCCAAGAUCGACGCCUCAGAGACCACCCAGCUGCUCGAAGGUAUCUUCGCUGUUCGAGCCUACAAGGGAGGGGAGGAGUAUCGUUACUUUGUCGACAAGUGGCCCUUCAUCGUCCGCGACGUGGUGGCCCAGUUCUUCCCCAACUUGUCUCUUCCGCUCCCCGGCCCGACGCCCGCCCCUGUGUUGGACCUCACUGUCGAUGUGGCUGACGUGGUUGCCGAGGUGGAGUCUCUGGUGGCCGACGCCCUCAAGAACUCCCCAGACCGGCUCCUUCAGGCGGAUCAGUGUGCCACAAUCAGCGCCUCCUACGACGCCGUGAUCACCUUUCUGUUGGCGAUGGAGAAGGCCUUGGCCAACGGCGGAGAUUCGCAAGACCUGACGGGCCCCCUCAUCGCCACUCAGCUGCGCAGACUCGCUCCAUUCCCCUGUCUGUCGGGCACAGUGGCCUUCGACGAGAGCCAAGACCGCCAGGCCAUGAUCGAGAUCGUCAACUUCGAUGGCAAGGAUGCCGUGGGCCACCCUGUGGCCGUAUGGGAGCAGCAAACCGGCCUCGAGUGGCGCGAUCGAGACGCCGACUCGGCCUCCAGUGCAUCUGUCCCGAGCGUGGUCUGGCGCGGGGGCAUCGUAGGCCGCAAUCACGCCCACAGGCCGCUUGGAUACCCCCUGUGCCGGCUCGGCGAGAGCUUCAACCUUCCAUCGCUGGAGUGCGUCAAGUGUCCAGUGGGGCGGUAUGCGCCGAAGCUGGAGGGCGGGAAGGUGGUGGAUGAGGACGGGACUGAAUGGGUGCGGGCGCCUCUGAAAUGCGAGCUCUGUGACGAUGGGCUGUAUUCGGACCAGGAGGGGACGGCACAGUGCACAUCGUGCGCCACAGGACACUUCAGAAACAAGUCAGCGGAUACGUGUACGGCGGCACAGCGGACGAGUGCACCAUGUGUGUGGUUGUCUUUGUCGCAGUUCCUACGAGGAGGCGGAGGGGAUUCCAGAGGAGGAGUGGGGUGUACGGUGCCAUCCCUGUCAGAAGGGCACGAUGGCAAGGAACCAAGGCACCGCAGCAUGUGAAAAGUGCCGGUACGUACGCCACGAGACUGCACGGAAUUACUGUCGAUUAUGCACCUUGCUCACUGCCUGUCCUGUUCUCGUUCCCUCUUCUCAGCGCCGACACGUACCAGGAUUUGCGGGGCGCGGCAAGAUGCAAGAGAUGCCCAGAGUUCUCAUCCACACGCACCAUCGAGGGUCAGCUUGCAAUCCCCUUACUCAGUUUUCCUGCAUGCGUGUCUGCGUGUGAAUCUGCCACGAACAGGUGUGACAAACAUCACAGAGUGUGGCUGCCACCGCGAGUACUACUUUCACCCCGAGCAGACGCCCGAGACCAGCAUGUGUGCCGACUGCCCAGUGGGCGGCGUGUGCAUAGGGGACUUCAACAACACGAGCGACGAGGGUCUGGCGGUGCCGCUCGGCACACACAACAUGCCGUUCGCUCACAAGGGGUAAGCAAGUGCACUCGAGGCUUUGUGGGUGGGUGGGUUGAUCUGCAUCCAUGCAAGCUUGCUUGGUCGGGUGGGUGCUGUGUGUAUGUAUGCAGGCACUAUUUGGUCAAGGAACCUGGCGAGAAAGUCGGUGAGAUCAUUCCCUGCUUCUCGCCCUUCUUCUGCCUGCAGAACAACACAUGCCUCAGAGGGUGGGCGCGUGGGUGCCACACCACAGAACUCACACACACGACGGAGGCUUGUUCUCACAGAGCCUGUCUGUCUGUGCUGCUCUUGUCUCUGCAGCCAUGAAGGGCUUCUGUGUGAUCUGUGCAAACAGGGCUGGACCGCGGGCGAUUACGAGUCGUUGCGUCAGUGCCGCAGGUGCGCCGGCCCGGCCCAGAAUGUCCUUGGGCUGUUCUUCAUUGCCGUCAUCUUCUUGGUGUUCGGAUUCUUCCUCGCGACGCUGUCGCUUGAGUCUGGCGUCAGACCCAAGUGAGACACACAUACACACAUACACACACACAUAUGUAUGCACAGACACAUGAACACGAAUGGCUUUUCUCUGCAUCUCGAUUUGCCAGGGCGAUGCAUUCAGUAAUGCUGCGUAUCUUCCUGAACUACCUGAGCUGUAUCUCGGUGCUGUCCCGCUUCCGCAUGGUCAUCAAAAACAACCUGGCCUUCCCCUCUGUGGAGGAGGAGAAGGCAUUCGAGGCCCCAAGGGACCAAGGCGGCUUUCGCAUAGACCGAGGCAUCAACUGGCUGGGCGACCUCUUCGAGAUGUUCUCGUGGUCAGGUGGCAUUCCGACGCAAUCGUUCUCGAUCGAGUGCUUGUUGCGGGGAUGGGUGGAGGGAGAGCCACACUCGAUGAGCAUGACACACCCUCAGGUACAAAGACAGAGAGAGGGCAGAGUGUUGUGUGAGUGCAUGGUCUGUAUCUUGUGUGUCUUGUGUUUCAGACUGUGAUAUUCAACUUUCUGGUGUGGUUUGCGAUGCCCGUGUUGCUGCCGCUGACCAUGACAAUGGUGGGCGGGCUGGUGCUGUGGAGGUGGGAGAGGCGCAAUCAGGCAUUCAUCGAGGAGUACUCGUCCUGGCUCAUACAGACAGUACGCCUCACACAUCAACGGAAACAAUGCAAUACAUGUAUGUAUGUGUUGCUGAUAUGAUGUCUAUGCUUCCAUGUCAGGACCGCUACGAGCCCGUGCACUUUUACCGUUUCGGCGGCAUCUGGCGGACGCCCGGUCCCCAAUACGAGAUGAUGAUGGGCAUCAAGCUAACCAGGUGGCGCCGCUUCCGCAUGUUCCUGCAGGACUGCAUCCCUCUGUGCAUCAUCGCGGGCUUCCUCAUCCACCCCGACGUGUCCAAAAACCUCCUGCAGCUUCUCCAGUGCCGCAAGAUACACGAGACCUACAGGUCAGAGACGAGGCAGGCGGAUGAAGGGGUGGGUGGACACAUGUGCGAUUCUUGCUUUGCUCGUCAGGCUGUUCGCCUCUCUCGAAAUGGUGUGCUUGGAGGGCUGGCACAGGGGAUGGGCCAUCAUGGCAGCACUCGGCAUAUGCAUCUGGGGUAUACACACACACACACACACACUUGACGACAGGCACACACAAAUGUAUGUCACUCUCUUGUCUUGUCGUGCCGUGCGUGCAGGUCUUGGUAUUCCCAUUUUUGCGUUGGUGUUGCUGUGGCGCAACAAGAAGAACCUGCAGGACAGCAAAGUGAAGCAGAAGUACGGCUUCCUGUACAAUGGGUACGAGCCGCAGUUCUACUUCUGGGAGGCAGUCAUCCUCGUCCGCAAGCUGGGGGUGCAGCUGGUCAUGUUCCUCUCGCUCGGCAACCCGCAGCUGGAGCUCACCGGCUACAUCUGCAUCGCCGCUCUCGCAAUCAUCGCACACAUCUCAUGCAAACCUUUCGGUCAGUCAGUCAAUCAAUCAUUUACUCACUCACAAAACACACAGACAUUCACAGAGUGAGAGAGAGAGAGAGAGAGAGAGACAAGCAAGACACUAGCAAGCGUGUUGUCCGUUCGUGUGUGUUGUGUGUGUUGAUCAAUCAGACAACCGCGACAGGGAGGUGCUUGAUCGGAUGGAGAUGGAGGGCUUGGGUGUGUGGAUGUUCAGCCUGAUCGCCAUGCGGCUCAUCAUCGACAACGUCAUCAUGUGGUUCACCGUCUCGCUCAUCCUGCUCAUUUGCCUCCUCAACGCCAUAUUUGUGGUGCGCACCGCACGCAGAGUCUUCAGGCAGAUCAGGCGAUCCGUUGUCGAGCAGUCAUACGUCCACGAGGUGGGGAAGCGAACAGGACCGAACUCCUAUACACAAAUAGACACGAGACCGUUGCCCGUGUUUAUUCGCGUGUGUGUGCUUCUUCAUUCAGGAGGAGCGUCGUUUGCUGGGUCUCACCCAGAACAUCGGGUGUUGCGGCCGCUUCAUCCAGGCCAUCGUCACCAGCAUGCGCGAGGCAGACAAGCGAUGGCGCGACAGACAAGCCACGCUCAUCUACGACCCGAAGGGCAACGCACUCGUCCUCACUAAGCCCACCGACCUCUCUCUCUCCACAGGCAGCAGCCCCAGGAAGCGCAGGCGAAGCAACAAACACAAGGCCUCUGCCUCGCAGCCGCCCACUCCGCGAGAGGCUUUAAAGCGGCUCUCGACGACCGACAGGCUGGCUGGGGCGACUGAUGGCCAAGACGUGGCGAGGGCGCAAGGGCGCAAGUUGGCUGUGAUGAGUGAGCCGACCACCCCGAUGAGGUCCACGGGGGAUGAGUGGGGCUCGCCGAGGAACAACCACAUCGAUGAGAUUGGGUUCGCGUCGGACACCUCCCCGACGGGUGCCGCUCGCAAGUGGGGCGGCAAGAGCCGGAGGAGCUUGCGGCGAGGAAGCACGCUCAGACAGAGAGACCGACAGUGAGCGGGCGGGUGGAUGAAGCAACGAAUCGAGGGAUCUGCAAAUUUCUCCUUAUGUGGGACGCGUGGUGCAGGUAUCUGGUGCAAACGCUUUCUGAGGCGCUGAGCUAUCCGUUGGUCAGCCUAAAAGUCGACCGUCUGCCACUGGAGUGGAUGGAAUUCUGCAUACGACAGGUGGGCAUGCAUCCAUUCAUUCAUUCAUUCAUCGACACCCGAGUCUCUCGACUUGUGAUGGCAUCCCUCUGCAGGCGAUUCACGACGUCAACUCUCAGAAGCUCCUCCGCGAGAAGAUCAAGCGUCGCGAAGUGGGCCGCAACAUCUCUCGCAGACCCGGUGACAGCACCCUUUUGGCGGCCACGCGAGCAUACGACCCCUCACACCCGGGCCUCUCUGCCCCCGAUGCCCCCCUGCCACCCGCUCCGCCCCGCUCGGACCUGGUCACCAAGCAGGUCCUGGACCGGUUCUUCGGGGGGGCACACGAGAGGCAAGGAGUCGACGGAAUGGGCGGGCAGUUGUCGCGGGGCUGCCCGAUCACACACAGUGACUCGGACCUGUCCAAGAGCCACGAGUCGUCUGGGUCGCCGCUGCUCAACGUGCCGAUGUGGCGUGCCAGGCAGACCUCUGAGGUGAGUGAGAUGUACAAGACUGCAUGAAACACACACAUAUCCAUGGUGUAUGUGUGUGUCUCAGCCUCCCGCCCCUUCGAUGAGCGGCGCCAACGAGUCCAACGAGUCUGACCGGGAGGAGAGGCCGCCCCGAUCGGCCCGCCAAUUUCAGUAUACGCCCGACCACCACGCCGCCCCCCCAUCACUGACCACCCCCACACACUCAGAGCGCGGCGCACCCACCGACCCAUACGCAGGGGUGACGCCCGCCACCGCCGAGCUCCUCGGGCUACGGCAAGCGGAUGGGUCGGGCGUACCCGAGGGCAGACAGGAGGAGUCGGGGAUGCUGGUCGUGUCUGGGGGGCCGCCGCUGCUCGACAUACGGCGGGAGUCUUCGGCGACGCCGUCGGUCAGCAUACGGGGGAACGGCCGGUGGGUGAGGAAGCGGUCCUCGUCGUUUUGCGCCGAAGAGCUGUUCAAUGCGUCAUUCUUUUCGUAAGCAUGUACGGGGGGCUAACCAGCCGCCGGCCAUCGAUGCAGAGUGUGUGUGUGUGUGUGUGUGGGUUGCAGGAAGGGUGUGUUGAUGACUGACCUGCAGGCGAAUAUGAUGACACUGCAGUCUUUGAGCAAGGUGGACAUGAGGGACCGCAUGACGGCUUUCUUGGUGGCCAAGAAGCAAGAGGAAGUCAAUCGCAAUCGGGUCAGUGUGGACCGGUCAGCAACCGCUUUGGUGCAUCCAUGCUUCUAGUUCUUGUGUGUCCUCUGCCUCUCCUCCACGCAUGCAGGAACGCGUCUUAAACAAUUUGGAAGACUUCAUUGCAGCACAGGGCCUCCAGCCGUCCGCCUUACAAGUAAGUUGCGCCGCGAGCCAGGCAUGCUCAUGCCUCUAAUGUGCCUCCCUGUCUUCCGCAGGUGUUCGUGCAGGCGCUUGACCUCUACCGCCAUGCCUUCCGGCUUACGGCCGGCCGCCGCGUUCUCAACGCGAGCGGCUCGACGCUCUCCCACCUGUCCAGCCCGUCCAUCGCCUCGCCCCCGCCGCCCAUUCCCGUGCCCAUCCCAGUCACCGACCACCACGCCACGGCCCCCUCACACGUCCCCGGCGACCGCAGCUUCAUGUCGCUGCAGUCCGCCGACGACGUGGCUGCUGCCACCCUGGGCAUGAUGCCCAGCGGGGGCCUUCGGGAGAGUGCCGGCCAGAGCGGCUCCCUGAACCUCACUGAGGCUGCUGAGCCGUGUCAGGAGGACAAGCACGAAGAGUCCACCCAGCACAGAGAGGUGGCGACGGACAGGGAUGGUGGUGGUGGUGCUGGUGGUGAGGAUGGGGGUGGUUCUGGGUCCCUGCUGCUUGUGCAGCAACAAAAGACGGCAUUCUUCGGCCGUCGGCCGUCGUAUCUGGCCAUCCCGUCGCGUCAGGGGACGGUGGAGGACACAGACAAGGUCAAGGAGCCCACACCGCAGCCCAGGCCGCCGCGGAUGAAAUCCAUGACGACCUUCGCUGCCGAGGCGCACGACGACUCGGCGGCCCCCUGCAGUCCUAAGAGUGUCAACGGCGGGUCGGCCACCUCCCCGCCGCUCUCUGACCCCCUCUGCCCCUCCCCAACCCAGAACAAGGACGGUAGCAAGCCCCAACAAGAGCACACUAGCGACAAGGGAGAUGGCAAGACGGAGGAAGAAGAGGCAGAGGCCGACGAGGCUCCCAAGGCAGCACAGCAACAGCAGGCGGCAGCGACACUGCCGGUCUCACUCUCGCCCGAGCAACAGCCUUCGGCCGAUGACGCAGCCACGACUGGCCUGCCGCCGUCCCCCCUGCCCCCUCCCCGCCUCAUGUCGCCCCUCACUGACACGGAGAGGCCACCGACGUUCGCCCCUGGUGCAGGCAUGAUUGACCUGAAGGAGCUUUUGCGGAGCAGACAGGCUGCGAGUGGAGGGAGGCAACAACACGCACCCCAGCAGCAGAGUUCCCUCCUGGCUGGUUCGCUGACUGCCAAAGGGCAGUCGGCGAGGCUGCGCGGCCGAAGCCUUGAGCGGCGCACUGCGGACAGGCGCAAGAUGGGCAGCCUCGUGAGGGUAAGUAAGCGCACAUCAAGACGGCGAUCCUAUGCAGUCAUGGAUGCCUCUACGUGUCUCAAAUAUUUGUGUGGCUGCCUGCCUGCCUGGCUGUCCUGUGUCAUGCAUGUCUUCAGGCGUCGGUGAGUCCCGUGGGGGCCAGGGAUAGCCAGGGCAUCAUGUCAGGAGUGCUGUGAGUAUAGUGAGUGCAUGGGAGGGUAUGUACAUAUGACUGACUGAUGUUGGCCAUGGCCCACUGCCUGCGUGCCGGCCGUGCCGGCCGGCCGGCCGCAGGCUGACCAGAACAGAUGUAGAAUUGUACACGGAAAUGGCAGUUUUGUAGUGC